ACCUCCAUCUCCCAAAGAUGACUUUCCUCCAAGGCCAGUGCGAGGAUGACUGCUACUACGGGGGCCUCUAUGGCUACCGGGGCUACGACUGCGGGAGCCCCUGCGGCUACCGGGGCUACGGGGGCCUCUACGGCUCCCGCGGCCUCUACGGCUGUGGGGACCGCUACGGCUACGGCAGCUUGUACGGCUACCGGGGCCUCUUAGGCUCUGGGGACUGCUACAGCUCCGGGGGGCUCUAUGGGGGCUACCGGGGCUUCUUCGGCUCUGGGGACUGCUAUGGAUACCCCGGGUACUACUCCGGCCGCUACGGGUACCCCUUCGGCUACCGCUACGGCCAGAGGUUCGGAUUCGGGGGCUGCUACAGCUGCUAAAGCCAGAAGGAGCCACUCCAAAACCCAGCCCGGGUUUGGUAGGAUUGAUGAAGAGUCCGGCACCAGCGACCGCGGGUGGGCAGAGUUUUGGGGACAAGAGGCACGGCUUGGUGCUCCGAGAGCUCUGCGCUGCUGCUGAAGGGCUGGCGGUGAUUUGCCUUCAUCCCGCUGCCCCAAGUCUCCUCUCGGCCCAGACCUUCUCCUCAAUCCUCUGAGCAAACCAAACUCCGUGUUUUUGGCAGUGUUGUACAAAACGUUCCCUCUGACUGGAUGAUGUGGGUGUGUGGGUGUCAUGUGACUUUGGGUGUGUGGUCUUUCCGUUCUGUAUCCCUUUAAAGUUACCUCUACCUUUCAUUCCUAAUAAAGACUUUUUUCUGCAUCAA